AUGAGAAAAUUCCGACCUAUAACAGAACAGGACAGAGAUGGAGCUGAUGAUCUGUUAAGUGCAGAAAAUAAGCAUCUUUGGAAUUCUAAAAAAGUCCUUGAAGUUCAACUCCGAAAUGUUCAAGAUAUACUGCAGAUUUUGGAAAAAUGUCGUCAACUGCUACAAGCAAAUCUCAAUGAGCGUGCCCGUGUCUUGGAAUUAACUAAUGAGUCGGCAGCAUUGGUUAAACAAAAACCACAAAAAGUUCGGCCAAGCACAGCAGACCCCAAGUUUGAAAAUCUUCAAUGCACAACAGUUUGCCCACCAAUAGCUUAUACACCUGAAGUUGAUGUAGCUUUAAAUGAAGCCCAAAAUGUAAGUGUGGAAGCGAAAAAAAUACGGGUAGAAGCUGAAAAUAUGAUCACUAAGGUUAAAGAGCUUAAUCAUGCUGCUCAUGAUUCUGUCAACAAAGGGUUGGCAAAAAAACUGGCAGAAUCAACACAUCUUAUGCAACAUUUGUCUCUGUGUCAUGGCCAGAACCGGAAAGCACUGCAACGUUCUCAGACAUUGUAUGAUAAGACAGAAUGGAGCAGGAACCAAUUGCUAAAUACAAACCUGACAUGUGCAGAACGUUAUGCUCGUCCAAUGAUGACUGUUUUUCAGAGGCAUGCUGGACACUAUCUACCUGGCACUACUGAAAUAAAUGAAGCCAAUCGUCAUUUGCUGAGUUCCAUGGCACAAAGCAGCCAGAAUAUUGAUCUGCUCAACUUAGCUAAACUCAACAUCCAAAGUGACCUUCGCAGCAAAUCAGCUGCUGUCAAGAUUGAUGGAGACGUGUUUCGCCUACGUCGCAAUCGAGCCAGCCACAGAUGGCCUAUUGGGGGACACUUUUGA